GUAUCCAUGCUGAUCGCAUUUCGAUGCGAAGAUCGAUCUUUCUGUACAGCAGCACACACGUUUCUCUGUCUAAUACCGUUAUUUAUCGCACAGCAUCACAUUUGGCUUUCCGCGGACGGCAACGGAAUCCUCGUCCUGCUGCCUGGGUAUCCACUGCUCAACCUGACUCUCACCUCGUUCAUGUUUGUCUGUGUCUGUCACGAGGUGCAUCAACUAACCCGUCGAUUGCAACGAUUGCUCGUCCCGAACGGGCCGCUUCAGGCGUUGCGCAACUCGCUUCUGAUCGGUGUUAUUCUCCACGGUAUCACUCACUCCAGUUGGCGUCUGUCCGGAUAG